CCGCUUGGGCGGGCGGCGGCAUAACACUUGUUGCCCGCGUGGAACCUUGUUGGAGAAGCACUCGCAACUUUACGUUAGAAUGGUGCGAAUCAGCUGCCUUUUUGCCGUCUUCUUCCUCGGCGUCCUGCUCCUGGCGAUACCAGCUUCCGCCUACCCCAGGAUGCCCAGCAACUAUUACUUGGAGGAUAAUUACGAACCUGAAGAAAUCAUGGACAUGUUGAACCGCCUUGAUAAUUACUUACAACAGGAACGUAAAAUCGCUAACGAGAAACGGGCUCUAGAUCUUGGCUUGAACCGUGGCUACUCCGGCGCAGUCCACGCUAAGCACAUGAUGGGUCUGGCUGCCGCUAACUUCGCAGGGGGUCCCGGCAGAAAGCGACGCGAUGCCCACUAAAAACUGAUAUUGUACCCAGAAGCUAUUUAUUUUUAAUUUUAAUAUAAUGAAAUCCUCGCAUAACUGUACUAGUUACUUUAUCAAAACCAUAAUUCUUUAAAUAGUUUAAUAGUUUAUUGUAUGUAUUUUAAAAUGAAUUUAAGUUUUUUGAAUGAAGGGAAACCUUUAUCAAGAAAAUAUUGAUUUUUACGUAUAUUAUCGGCCUAGUACGAAUUAAAUUCAAGUAGUGAAUAUCUUAAUCUUCUCUCUCUCUCUUUCAAGUCUUUCAGUAGAAAUAUAAAACAUUUGGAAAAUAUGCUUUUCAAAUUGUAAAAAUUACGCUUUUUUGAACCUUGCUAACAUAAGCAUUCUAAUAUAUAUAAGAAAUUCUAUUGUUGGGAAAUAAAGAUAU